AUGGCUGCCCGCGGCGAGGAGCCCUCCAGCCGCCCGCAGCCGGCUCCCAGCACCGCUUCGUCCCAGCUGCCGCCUGUGAUCCAGCACCCGCUCUCCCGGCUCGGCGACCCCGGCCGCCUGGCUCUGCGCGGGUACGCGCCUUGCGGACAGCAGCCUGCAGGGGGCAGCGGCGGCACCCGGGCCCCGCCGCAGCAGCCCCCUGAGCCGGAGCUGCUGCCCCGGUUCCGCUGUGCUCGCUCCCUCCAGUCCCCACGGCAGCCGCAGGAGAACCCCGCCCGCGCCUACCCGGGCAAGCCCAAGCUCCCGCUGUUCGGCCAACGAGCUGACAUUGGAAACCCAGCAGUAAGCAGAGCAAGUUUGGCUAGUAGCAGGACCAGUUUACUGUCUCAGCCUGUGACACAGCUCAGGAUUGAAGUUGAUGAGCUGGAGCACAUUUUGUGUGAAAAAAUGAGAUCUGAAGGCUAUUUUACUAUGAGACAACUGUUCAAAAACAAUGACCCUGAGGGCAAGGGACAGGUCAAUAGAGAUGUGCUACUAAUGAUGCUGACCAAAUUUCUGGGAAGGUAUAUCAGCUUCAAGCAGUAUCAGCAACUUCUUCUAAGGCUUAAACUACAGGACAAAGCCAUUAUCAAGUGUGAAGAGUUAUAUGCAGCGAUUCGUGAUCCUGCUACUUUUGGGGCUCCAGUGUGGCUUGAUCCCAUCAACCACAGACAGGGGGACAGAAUCAUGAUGACUGCAUCACAGGUGCAUGCACAACUAAAAGAGAAAGCAAAACAAAGGUCCCUGGAUAUUGCUGAUCUGAUGCCCGAGAAGAACCCAGAUGAUAUCAGGAUUCUGAUGCCUGAGUUUAAGAACAUACUUAACAAACUAGGUUUUCACAUUGGAAAUGAGGAGUUUGAAAAGCUUUGGAGAAGGUAUGACACAGAAGGAACAGGGGUUCUGAAAGGAGAUAUACUACUUAAAAAACUAGGAGCUGAGCUCCGAAAUGGAUCUUCAAACAAUGCUAAAGUUUCUGGGCAAAGCAGAGAAAUCUCAAAAGCAGAGUGGGAACGCAGAGCUUCACUUGACAUAGAAAGGUGGCUGAAAGAUAAAUUCAGAGAAGGAUUUAGAAAUAUGAAAGAAGAAUUUGAAAAACAUGACCCACAAAAAACAGGCAAGGUGGGAAAAGAAUCCUUCUUGUCAAUCCUACAAAAAUUUGACAUGCAUCUCAAAAAGGAGCAUUUUAACCUUUUCCUGGCAAGAUGUGGUCUUGAAAACAGUCAAACUGGGAUCAAUUAUUUGGCUCUUUUAAGGAACUUCCAGGAUCGUAGUGACAGAGGGAUCACACGCAAAAUUCUCUCUAAUCCCAAGCAUAAAUUUAAUCGUGAAGGGAGCAUCAGCCCAGCUUCCACUCUGACUGCAAUUGAGGCAAAGUUGGCAAAUUUGUUUGAAUCUGAAUUCCUUUCACUCUUGGCCACUUUCCAAAAAAUUGACAGGUUGCAGAGAGAGGUCAUUAGUCAGCAGGAGUUUCAAGCAGCAGUUGAGAGCCGGUUUGGCGUGGAGAUUACUGAUGAAGAGUUUGAGCUGCUACUUGACAGAAUCCCCCUUGAUGAAGAUGGAAAUGUCAGAUACCCCCAGUUCAUGGCCAUGUUUGAUUCUCGCAGAGGGUUGCCUAGUCUCUUUGACGAGAAAUCUGUAACAAAUUCUGUGUGUGAGCCUAACGAAGACAAAGAUGUGCAGAAACAGAAAGAAAAUAUCCCUAACCAGAAAGUGAAAUAUACCUGUGGAAGAACUCCAAGGCAGGUACAGCUGUUCAAGAUUAUUAAAAGCUUGCUAAAUAAACGCUACCAAGCAAUAGAAAAAGAGUUUGAAGAUUUAGAUGAAAUGAACUCUCGGCGCCUCACUCAGGAGACUAUGUACCUUCUCUUGAAGCGGUUUGACAUCCAACCUGAAAUAACUCGAGGUGAAAUCCGCAAGCUGUGGGAAACUUUAAUUACAAAUCAGGACAAUACCCUUGACUUCAUGGAGUUCGUGAGACACUUUGGAUACUCCCCCAGCUCUUCGUGUUUCCCCAAUGCCAAGAUUAGUCCACCCAGAAAAGGGGACAAUAACUUCAGGCUGUGUUCUAAAAAGCUCAGCUGUGAUUCUGACAUACUGGUGGACAGGGUGCGAGCAAAAGUAGAAUAUUUGUGGGAUGAUCUCAAGAAAGAAUUUGAAGAACUAGACCCCUACCAUACAGGCUUUGUGAGCAAGAAGGAAUUUAAAGAUAUUUUGACUGAGCUGUGUGUGCAUCUUAAUGAAUAUGAGUGUGAAAUGCUGGGACAGAAAUUUGAAAGCAAUGGAGAUGGAUGUGUUUCAUACCUGGAGUUUCUGAAGCCCUUUGCUUUAAGUAGACAAAGAUGGAAGAAUGGGAAUAACAUGGCUGCUGUUAUGCAGGCAUCUCAGGGUGAGAGAGACCAAUCCUGCAAGGGAACGGAGACUGCAGAGCUGGGUGGUCUGACAACCAGAUUACAAAAAAAGUUAUGAGGGGACUGGAAGACCCUUCGAAGAGCCUUUAAGAAGCUGGAUAUUGACAGCAGUGGCCAUCUCUCUUUGCCAGAAUUCAGAUCUGUACUGAAGCUCUGUAACCUUCUGCUAGAUGAGGAUGAGGUUUACCACAUUCUAUCUAAAUUUGAUCCCAACCUGGAUGGGCGAAUUGAUUACAAGUCCUUUUUGGAAGAAACUUGCAAAAAAUGCUAACCACGUACAGCCAAAAAAUCUCCUGCAAACCCACAAUAAAAUAAUGUAGAAUAUUCUUGUGAGUAGAAGAGGAAGAAUUGUCUGCCUGCUCCCAGCUGCUUAUGCUUCCAGCUAAGUCAUUUGCUUCUCUUUGGAGUGUGGAUCUCUGCUUUGUGUCUUUUGGCUACUCAUGAGUUGCCCACUGUAUUACCAGUUGUUUUGUAGGGGGAUAAUAAAAACUGUGAGAGCAGAGAGUGCAGCUGAGUAUUAAACAAAUACUGUACUAUAUUUAAAACCUGAUUCAAGCUGUUACUAAGGAAACUAAUAUUCUGAAAAGCAAAGGCAAGGAUGCAUCUUAGAGAGAAAAUAAAACUUUCAGUGAAGGUACCAGGUGGAUCUUUGCUGUUUAGGAUGCAGUGACAAUGAGUCCCUUUGAUUUCACUGAGAGUUGGAUCAGGUCCUUUGUAUGUGUUAGCCAGAAUUUGGCCCUUAAUAUAAACAUACAUUUUCAUGCUUGGUUAUCUUUUUACUUACAAACGUAUUUUCUCCAUAGAGUACAACAGGCAGAGGGCCCGAUUCUGCAGCAGCUCUGCACAUGACUUCACUGAACAUUCCAUGCUCAAAGCAGUUGUAUGUUUAGACCCAUGUUAGUUAUCUGUUUGUUUUUGUAGUACAAAUACAUUUUCAUAAACAUGUAAAUGCAUAGUUGAUUUGGUUAAAUAAAUAUCUGAAUUCA